AUGAAAUCUCAGUCAAGAAGCACUUUGGAACAAUCAACAUUUGUUGAGGUUGUUGUUAAUGGAAAUCCAUUUCCUAACGUAAUAUGGUAUAAAGAGAAAAUUGAAAUAGCUGAGAGUGUUAAGGUUAAAACAGAAGUUGAUAUAAUAACAGGUACUGCUGGUCUAUUAAUACCGCCAUGUCGUCAAACGAAUGACUCAUCUUAUGCUAUUACAUUACAAAACGAACAUGAGAAGGCAGGUAGCGGCGGUGAUGAUAAUAGAUCUGGUUCACGUAAUUCGAUUAUAAUUGAUGAUCGACAACCAUCACUUCGUCGUGUUGAUCAAGAAAAUUUACUUAAAGUUGGACGAGAUUCCAAAACACGUCGACCAUCAUUAGCUGAUGUUAUAUCAAAUUGA